GGUGCCCACUCCUGAUCAGCAUUGUUAACGAAUGCUGUGCAACACAACAGCAACAGUGCUGAUAACCAUAAUAAUACUGAUGAUUAGAGUUUGUUUUCCCCUGUGUGGAGAGCAUGAGCUGACAGAAUUUCUUUUACAGGUUUCCAAAGGGAACCAAAUGGAGUUGGAGGACCAAUGGUGGAGAGGACAGCUGGCCACAGAUAUUUACCAGGCGCUACGGUUCAGAGAACUCAAGUUGCCUUCAUACAAGGGCCAGUCCCCUCAGCUGAAUUUGAGGCGAUACUAUGCAGACCUCAUCGCAGUCAUCAGCAACCACUUCAGGCUGUGUCCUGCAGCCCGACACCUGGCCGUCUACUUGCUGGACCUCUUCAUGGACCGCUAUGACGUCACACAGCAGCAGCUUGCCAUGGUUUCACUUUCAUGUCUUCUGUUGGCCAGUAAGUUUGAGGAAAGGGAAAGCCGGGUUCCAAAGCUGGAGUCCCUGAACAGCUUGCACUGCAUAAGUUCCAUGAAUCUUGUCCUGACCAAGCAGGGCUUACUGCACAUGGAGCUGCUCCUGCUAGAAACCUUCCAGUGGAACUUGUACCUGCCUACAGCUGCUCAUUUCAUAGAGUACUGCCUGUCUAUUGCCAUUCAUGAGGGAGACCUCCAUGAUGGGUGGCCUUUGACCUCCCUGGAGAAAUCGAAACUAUACUUGGCCAAAUAUGCAGACUACUUCCUGGAGGUUUCCUUGCAAGACCAUGUGUUUUUGUGUUUCGCCCCCUCUUUACUGGCUGCUGCGUGUGUGGCGGCCUCCCGCCUUGUCCUCCACCUGUCCCCUACAUGGCCGUCACAACUCCAGUGUCUCACAGGUUACACGUGGGAGAACCUUGUCCCGUGUGCUGAGAAGCUACUCAUCGCACAUGAUGGUGAUGUCAGGGAGGCCAACAAGCAGAAGUGCCAGCAACAGCAGCAGCAGAUGGUGUUCCACAGUUCAGGUCAGACAGCCACUGUGGCCCAGUACCUGCACCGACCCGGUGUGCAGUUUUCCCAGCAGGCCAACAACAGGCCUGUCUCCUACCUCAGCCACUCCAGCAGCAGCCUGCAACCUUCCAAUGGCACCCAGCACGUCAGCUCCCAGGUCGCUGCCUCACUGGAGCCAAAGUCCAACAUGGCCAACAGGGCGUACCACGUCAGCGUGCACUACUCCUGCACUGCUCCGUGCUUUGACCGAUGAUGGAGUGUCAGGAUUUAGUCAUUUUCAGGGAGGAAGAGAAAUGAGACCAAAGUCUGUUUUCCUCCGACAAGUAACAGAAUACACUUGACUUGAAGAAAAAAUGUGUGUUUUUAAUUUGAAGAGACUUGAAAUUUUUGCGGCACUUUGAACCGUAAGGUGUACACAAUGUGCAAUAUGCAUACUAUAGAGAACCUGCGUGAGGAUUUUUUUUUUCAAGAUGUUUGAGAGAACUGGAAUGAAUGUUGAUAAAGAGGUGACUCCUGUGAGAGUUUGCACCACUGCACUGACCAGUGUUACUGUAUAAUUAAGCUACAGGCCAGAAGUCUUGUAUUUAACUGAGCCAAAGUACCUCAGAAGUACUGUACGUAUUUGCCUCGUUCCUCUAGUAUUUAGGAUCAUUACUGUAUAGUAAAAGGGCAGGAUUUACAUUGGUGCCUUGAAUUUGCUUUUGUUGUGUUAAGCAUCAUUUGUGGAACUGGGAAUAAAUAUACUCCUAGGUGUCACAAUUUAUUUUUCAGAGUAAGUUGUUGCUGUUCACAGAUGCUUUGAAUCAGUGCUGUGCACUUCCAUAGUGAUAGUUUUAAAUAAAAAAACAAAAAUUAUGUUCGUUGAAUUGA